UCAAACAAAAUGAAGACGCGUGAUUUUGUGGAACUUAAAACCUUUGUUAUGUUACAUAUAUGUUGGGUGCAAUUUUAUUUGGAUUCAUUAAAAAUUAAAAUUUUAAUAGAGCCUAAUGGGCAUGUUUGAUCCAACCUAAGAGGAUUACAUUACGGUUGGUGCAUACUUUCUAGUAGACAUACCUGUUUAUGCUUUAUAGUAUUGUUUAUUGACCUAAUCUUUGUGUUCUCCCAUCUUCAAGUGACUUCAAUUUUUUCAGCUAUAAUUAAACCAACAUCUAGGCUUUAGAGGGUUCAAAACGUAGACUUGACGUAAAUGCUUGUUUCUCUACGUUUUCUCAUUUGAAAUUCUGGUUUUACAGAAUAUCCUGAUCCUGAAUCACUAGACAUUGUGUUGGCUGAGGGAAUCUGCACGAAAUAGUGGAUCUAGUGUUGAUUUGAGAACUGGUCCUUCAACAAAUUCAGAUGAAAGAUAACAAUGCAACUCAGAAAAGAAGCAAGUAUCCUCCUCUUCACCCUUUUCGUUAGAGUUUACAUCACAAGAUCACUUUCACUUUAUGCCUAAUGCAAUAACCACUAUGCCAAUCCUAGAUCUAUAAGUGCAACCUCUCUUCCUAUACAUGACCAAGCAUACUUACAGUCCGAAAGGCAACACAUGCAAUCAUUGAGAGAAAACGGAGAUAGAAGCCCAAUUAAUAACCAUUUGGAAGCACAUUUUGCUAACCCUUUUGGUGAAGCUCAUCCUUCUCAAUUCGGGAAUAACUCAGCCACUACUCCAUCAUCACAAAACCCCUUUCUACAUAUGAGUGAUGCCACCAACACCACACAUGUGGGUGCAACUGAAUCUAAAACUUUUCGUGACCAUCUACCUUCAUUGCCAAAUGGGGACAUGACUAAGAAUAGUCCCAGUACAUAUCCUGUUGAUGAUAUGCUAGGUGGCCUCCAUUCACAAUUGGCACCAUCCAAAUAUGAAUCAUCACCAGGAAAUCCCUUUGAAGUGCCAACAAGUACAACCAGAAAGGAGACCCCAGGACGGGCAUCUGUUUCAUGGAAAGUUGAUGAACGUCAUCAUGAUCAUGGCAAUGAAUCACAUCACACACUUCUAUCCAUGGAACAAGGACAUCAUAACGUGGCUAGUAGCAAUUUGGGAACAGAUAAGAAUUUAGGUUCAUCAGUGUCAUCAUUUUCUCCAGCUUUUGAAUCUUCUACUCAAGACUCCAAGCAUAAUUCUGUAAAUGCUUCCACUAAAUCACCUUCAAAAUUGGGAAAGGAUUUGCUGUUAGCUUCAGAAUCUAGUGAUGAUGACAUCCCAGUCAGCUCUUUUCCUAAGAAUGGACAACAACCUAGUGAUGUUGCAGGACAACACUCAUCAGUUGCAGUUGUUCCUGGCACCAACAAUGGAUCAGAAAAACAAAGUCCUCCAAUUCAGGUAAUGGAGCGUCCGGAGAAUCCUGCUACCUCUUCCAAGUACAGGUUUCCAUCACAUGUGUUUUCUAGACACAAAUCAAACACCCAAUGGAGCACUGCCUCUAAUGAAUCUUUGUUCAGCAUUCAAAUGGGAAAUAUCAGUUUCUCUAGUGAGAUGGCUGGGUUGGGUAAAUCUGGUGAGUUUGAUAAGCCUGGUGACACACAUUCGUCUAGUGCUCUUCCAAAUAAUCAGCCCCCACUCCCACUCCCACCCCAACCUCAAGCAUCAGCCACAAAAUUCAAUGACAUCAGUGAAAGCACUGCUAAACAACAUGAAGGUUCAAAAGUGACUGAAGAAAAAGCUGCUGAGACAAUGAGAGAGGUUAUAAUGGAAAACAAUCAAAACAAACAGAAUACAAGUAAAGGGGAUUUGACAGUUGCGGGUGAGGAAACAGAUAGGCUUUCAAAUUUUAAUGACCAUUCUCACCAUUCAGAUGGGAGCACAAAAUCUUAUGCAUUUAGAGCGUAAGCACUGGCCAUUAACUGCUUUUAUAAUGCAUGCUUAUUUUAGUAACCACUCUAUUUAAUAUAUCAUAUAAGUAGGUGAUUUUGGAAACUGAUUCUGGUAUAUUUUUGUUUAUAUCAAUGUGAAUAUUUUUGACAUGGCAGGUGUAAAAUUUAGCCCAUGUAUAUUCAUACUAAAAGAUUCAGAACUUUAAGCACAUGAUAUAGGGAACAUGAAUAUGAAAAAUGAAUUGAGAAGUAAAUCUUACUAUCAAGAGAAUAAAAGUACUUGGAUGAUGAUGCUUCUUUGUCGUGAUUAAAGCUAUGUUUUAUGCUAAGUUUCUUGAGCAAAUAGUUGAACUGUUUUUGUGAUGUGAAGAUUGACAGAGGGACACAAACCUCUUUCAUCAAAGCAUGGUGAAGAGAAGAGCAAGGAGCAGCACCAGCCAGAGCAGCAGACCCUUAUAGUAACACCAGAUGCAGCUCAGAACCCCAAGUCAACCCCAAAUGCUUCUCAGAACAAAUGGCUAUGUUGCUUUACAUGCUGUAGUUAGAACACAUUAGGCAACCGUCUAAUCACGGUCUCUCUUGGCUUGUGCCAAAACCAUUUUGCUGUCUCUAUUACCGUUUGAUAGUUUAGUGUUGUGCACAUGCACGCAUGCUAGCUCUAACUGGUUAGUUUUUAUUCAUCUUUUGCCAUUUUAAACCCUUACAUAUAUAGUUUGGAAAUCAGAGACAAAUUUUCUUGUAAACAAUGUAUCAUUAUAGGUUAGCCUGAUAGCACUGUUGGUAGAUGUAUCAUCAACAGAAGCAAACAAGGGUCCAGCGAUUUUGCAGCAAGUUUUUUUUUAGAUGGCAAACUAAAACUCUUGCAUUAGUGCGCAAGCUCGCACUAAUUUUCUGUGGCACGUUAAUAAUAACAGUGGUUUGAUUAUUAUAUUAUUCCAUUGUGAUUUGGCAUGUUCACAGAAAUGUAGUCAAGUAGCUGAAAGUGUCUGAUAGAAGAUACAUAUAAUGUGAUAAUUGAAUGAAGAGGAGCCAAUUUAUAAGUGGUAAUGAAAUUGAGUUUUAGGAAAUCAAUUGAACUAUAAAACUACUAGUACUGUGUCUCGUUAUUUACUGUUUUGAGGGUUAAAAAGUAAGAAAUAUGUAUAGAAAAAUCAUUUCUGACAAGAUUGUCAUUGUCAACCCAAGAGGUGUCUACACCUAGUGAGAAAGAAGAAUAAAAGAGAGAAGUGAUAUAUUUGAUAGGUGAUGUGAUAUAACAGAAAGAGACAGAGAGAGAAAUGAGAGGUGGUAAAAGAGUGGCUUUUUCCCCUUUUGGGGUUAAUUUUAAAAAAAUUAUCAAAAUAGGGCUUUAUCGAAACAAAUUCCCGGUCUAGAGUUGGCGGGUGACGUGGCAAGAGAAUCGUCCAGAACAAGGAUGACACCAAAAAGAAAAAUCAUCCAAUUAACAGACGACACACG